UGAGACGAUUUUAGAAAAAGAAAAGAAAAGUAAGAAAGAAAGAAAAAUAGCCCUUCGUCCUUCGAUUCCGUUUCACCAUUUCUUUUCUCUCCCACUUUCUCAGAUCUUUCCGAGUGUAUUGCAGCCAUGAGUAAGGGACCAGGACUCUUCUCCGAUAUUGGCAAAAAAGCCAAAGAUCUCUUGAAUAAGGAUUAUAGCUCGGAUCACAAGUUCACUGUUUCUACAUACACUGGCGCUGGGGUGGCCCUCACAUCAACUGCUCUGAAGAAAGGAGGACUUUCCAUUGGUGAUGUUGCUGCACUAUACAAGUACAAGAACACUCUAUUUGAUGUCAAAGUCGAUACAGACUCUAACAUCUCAGCAACGCUUACAUUCACUGAGAUUCUUCCAUCGACUAAGACUAUUGCAUCAUUCAAAGUGCCUGAUUAUAACUCUGGCAAGUUGGAGGUUCAGUAUUUCCAUGACCAUGCAACCUUCACAACAGCUAUUGGUUUGAACCAGACACCAGGUGUUGAUGUCACAGCAACCAUUGGCACACCUGCUAUUGCUUUUGGUGCAGAGGCAGGCUAUGAUACCACCUCGGGAAAUUUUACUAGGUACACUGCUGGUAUCAGUGUGACGAAACCAGAUGCAUAUGCUUCGAUAAUUCUGGGAGACAAGGGAGAUAGUAUAAAAGCAUCGUAUGUGCAUUAUCUGGAUCAGCUGAAGAAGUGCGCUGCUGUGGGAGAGGUCAGCAGGAGGUUUUCCACAAAUGAGAACACAUUUACUGUUGGAGGGGCCUAUGCUGUUGAUCAUCUCACACUGAUUAAAGCUAAGCUCAACAAUCAUGGGAGGCUUGGAGCCCUGCUGCAGCAUGAAGUCAUACCAAAGUCAUUGCUGACAAUCUCUGGUGAGAUUGACACCAAGGCCUUGGACAAAAGUCCCCGCUUUGGUUUGGCCCUUGCUCUGAAACCCUAACUGGUUCGAUGCUAUUCAAUGAUGCAUUUGGGAUUUGAUACCUUCUAAAAAAAUUUUUGUGGAGAUUGAAAAGGGGUGUCAAUAAGUAGUUCCACAGAUGAUUAAUAUUCAUUUCUAGGUUCUCAAUGACUGUGGAUGGAUUCAAACUUUAGGCUUUCCAUGAUUCUACAUGUAAGUUUUGAACGAUUUUGGCAUUUGCUCAUUCAAGCCUCAUUUUAUCGAGGAGUUCCUUUUAAUUGAUCAAAGCUUUGGAACUGUCUUUAUUUCA